AAAAAGAGUAAUCGUGUGGAUAAAACGUGUAAAGAAGAGACCAAUAGGAAAGCAGAGUUACCAAAUCUACAUAACCGGCCAUCAUCUCCUAAUCCCCAAACCCAUAAAUAAAAUUAAAAUAUAAAUAAAUUUCUGCUCUUAUUUCUCUCUCUAAAAAUUCUCUCUUCUUAUACAUUACAUCCUCAACCAUACCACAAGCCUUCUCUCUCUUGUUUAUCUCUCCUAGGGCUCACAUUCAAACUUUUCUUGAAGGUCUUCAAUGGCGGUAUCUAGUGGUUUAUCCACCACAUAUGCUUUGGAGACUCUUAUUCAUGGCGGCACCAAUUCUUCCUCUUUGAUUAAGGUUUUUGGCAGGAAUCAUCGCCAUGGCUAUCUCAAUUUUAAGCGGUCGUUUGUGAGCCCUAGGUGCGAUGCUUCCUCUUCUGGUUCUGCUUCAGAUUCUGUCCGCUCUUCUAGUAUUUCUGCUCUUGAACAGCUCAAAACCUCUGCCGCUGAUCGGUACACAAAAGAGAGGAGCAGCAUUGUGGUUAUUGGUCUCAGUAUUCAUACUUGUCCUGUAGAAAUGCGGGAGAAGCUUGCCAUCCCUGAAGCUGAGUGGCCACGAGCAAUCGAAGAAUUAUGCAACUUAAACCAUAUUGAAGAAGCUGCUGUCCUUAGCACUUGCAAUAGGAUGGAGAUAUAUGUUGUUGCUUUGUCUCAGCAUCGUGGAGUUAAGGAGGUCACUGAAUGGAUGUCCAAGACCAGUGGGGUCCCUGUGUCAGAGAUCUGCCAGCACAGAUUUUUGCUGUACAACAGUGAAGCUACUCAACACAUCUUUGAAGUAUCAGCAGGCCUGGAUUCUUUGGUAUUGGGAGAAGGUCAGAUUCUUGCACAAGUCAAACAGGUUGUUACAGUUGGUCAGAAAAUUGAUGGCUUUGGGAGGAACAUUAGUGGGUUGUUCAAACAUGCUAUCUCCGUUGGCAAACGUGUAAGAACUGAGACAAGCAUUUCAGCUGGAGCCGUUUCUGUAAGUUCAGCUGCUGUUGAGCUGGCCUUGAUGAAACUUCCUGAAGCUUCCCACGCGAGUGCUAGAAUGUUGGUGAUUGGGGCUGGUAAAAUGGGCAAGCUUGUGAUUAAGCACUUGGUAGCGAAAGGAUGCACAAAGAUGGUGGUGGUUAACCGGAGUGAGGAGAGAGUUGCUGCUAUUCGUGUUGAAAUGCCUGAUGUACAAAUCAUCUACAAACCUCUCCCUGAAAUGCUAGCCUGUGCUGCUGAAGCUGAUGUUAUCUUCACAAGCACAGCCUCAGAGAGUCUGCUAUUUAAGAAAGAGAAUGUACAGGCUCUCCCCCCAGUCGGUUCAGGAGUGGGUGGUGUUAGGCGUUUUAUCGAUAUUUCCGUCCCAAGGAAUGUCGGAUCAUGCAUUUCUGAACUUGAAAACGCGAAAGUAUAUAACGUUGAUGAUCUCAAGGAAGUUGUAGCUGCUAAUAAGGAGGAUCGUUUAAGGAAAGCAAUGGAAGCUCAGGCUAUCAUCACAGAAGAAAUCAAAGAGUUUGAAGCCUGGAGGGAUUCUUUGGAAACAGUCCCUACAAUAAAAAAAUUAAGGGCAUACGCUGAGAGACUCAGAGUCGCAGAGCUUGAAAAAUGUUUAUCAAAGAUGAAUCCCGAUCUUUCAAAGAAAGAUAAGAGAGCCGUUGAUGAUCUUAGUCGGGGGAUUUUAAACAAGCUUCUGCACGGUCCAAUGCAGCACCUUCGAUGUGAUGAGAGUGAAGGUCGAACUCUGAACGAGACUAUCGAGAAUAUGCACGCAUUGAAUAGAAUGUUUAGUCUGGAAACCGAUGUCUCUCUAUUGGAGCAGAAAGUUCGAGCUAAGCUGGAUCAAAUCCAAAAGUAACGUGCUGUGUAGAAAUUCCUAUCAGAAUGCUUCAAUCUCACAUUUCAGAAUAAGAGAAGAGUAUGAGAAAUAUCAAUAUUCAAUAUGUAAUCAGGAAGGAAACCCAAAGGUGUCUUUAAAUUCAUUGAUUUAUGAUGCUCACUUCUUUUAACAUUGAAGUUGGAUUUCUUGCAACUGUGUAUGCUCUAGCAAUUCAAGAAAUCCGAGGAUGAGAUCUUGAUCGUGUAUUUUAUAGUAGAAAAAACUACUCAGGUGUAAUAAUGUAAGUUUUGUAAUUAAUGUAUACUGAUUUUUUUGGCGAUUAUGAGAAAUCUACCAUUUUUGGUAUUAA